CUGCGGUGUGUGUGAGCGCAGAGUCGGCCACAGAUUUCUCUUGAAAUAGUAGAUAUAACCUCUACGUUCGCCGCCGUUCAAGCUCAGCCACAAACCAUUUGUAUGUCAUUGAAUUUGGACCUCUCAGGACGCGACCACUAAAACCUUGAUGAUGGAGGACGAUCAACCCAGAACCUUGUAUGUGGGGAAUCUGUCCAGGGAUGUCACAGAACCCCUCAUUCUGCAGGUCUUCACACAGAUAGGACCCUGCAAGAGCUGUAAAAUGAUAGUUGAUACAGCUGGAAAUGAUCCAUACUGCUUUGUGGAGUUCUAUGACCACAGGCAUGCUGCUGCCUCAUUGGCAGCUAUGAAUGGAAGGAAAAUAAUGGGUAAGGAAGUCAAAGUCAACUGGGCCACGACGCCAACCAGCCAGAAAAAAGACACAAGUAAUCACUUUCAUGUGUUCGUUGGAGACCUCAGCCCAGAAAUAACUACAGAAGACGUCAAAGCUGCCUUCGGUCCAUUCGGCAGGAUAUCAGAUGCCCGCGUUGUGAAAGAUAUGGCUACAGGGAAAUCUAAAGGCUAUGGCUUUGUGUCUUUCUUCAACAAAUGGGAUGCAGAGAACGCCAUUCAGCAGAUGGGUGGUCAGUGGUUAGGGGGCAGACAGAUCCGAACUAACUGGGCCACAAGAAAGCCCCCCGCCCCAAAGACCACCUAUGAAAAUAACUCCAAGCAUCUAUCCUUUGAUGAAGUAGUGAACGAGUCCAGCCCCAGUAACUGCACCGUGUACUGUGGCGGAGUCAGCACAGGACUGACAGAACAACUGAUGAGACAGACUUUCUCUCCUUUUGGACAAAUUAUGGAAAUCAGAGUUUUCCCUGACAAAGGCUAUUCAUUUGUGAGGUUUAACUCCCAUGAGUCAGCAGCCCACGCCAUUGUGUCGGUGAAUGGCACUGCAUUAGAGGGCCACAUAGUCAAAUGCUACUGGGGUAAAGAGACCCCGGACAUGAUGAACCCCAUGCAGCAGAUGCCUAUGCCCCAGAUGCACCGAUCAAUUGGCCACCGAUCGAAAACGCUGGUUUCAGCUGAUCAGCAUGGACCAGUGAACGGCCACCAUCAGUCUCAUAUGUCCGAUAUACUGCAGAACAAGAUGGGCUUCCCUGCAGCAGCCCAGCCCUACGGCCAGUGGGGCCAGUGGUACGGCAACGGGCCUCAAAUCGGCCAGUACGUCCCAAACGGGUGGCAGGUCCCCACCUACGGCGUGUAUGGCCAGGCCUGGAACCAGCAGGGCUUCAAUCACUUACCGGCCAGUGCUGGGUGGACUGGCAUGAGCGCCAUCAGUAACGGUGGGGUUAUGGAGCCUACACAGGGAUUGAAUGGGAGUAUGCUAGCCAACCAGCCUGGUAUGGGAGCCGCAGGAUACCCCACACACUGAUAAGGGGGGCAGGGUGCGAGAUUUGUCAACCGUCAGCCUCUUAUUGGCUGUAAGGUGCCCCGCGGGGCUGUGUAACACCGCCUCCAUCUGUGGCAGGACUAAGACUUUUACUGGGAUGUGGAACCUAAUGGGAAGGUUGUCUAUAGGAGAUGUAAAUGGGAUUUCAUUGGGGGGAGGGAGGGGUUGAGGUAACGGGAGCCAGGGAAGGAGCGAUUUGAUCCACAACAGGUAUUUACAUCCUUUGUGGUAGCCAAGACUGGCCAUGAACCAGGGCUCUUACCAUUUUUAAGUUAACUGUAAAUGAGUAUAAAACUGUAAAGGAGAAACUUUUGGAUUUUUUUUUUUUUUUUUUGUCGGGUUUUACAAAUUGCUUCCAUUUUCACAUCUUUCCUCUCAGUAACUCUCAGAGGUUUGUCUACCUUUUCUUUUUUCUUUUUUUUUUAAAGAAACUGUUAAAGUCUGAGUCGUGCUAUGAACUUUAGUUAUUAUUUGAGAAAUGGAAAUCUGUUUAAUUUGUUCUCAUUCUCUCUCUUGGAUUAAAAUCAAUUGCAGGGAUUGUUGCCACUGCUGUUUCUCUGUAAGGGCAGAUAAAUAUUGCACAGUUUUUCCUCUCUUGUACUGGGACAAAUUUGACAACCAAGAGCGUUUCUUUCUUUUUUUCUUCCUUUUCUUUUUUUUUUCUUUUGCAUUCCAUUUCUCCUUCAUAUCUUUCGGACAACCUGCAAAUCUUUUUUUCGCCACGUGUAAAUAACCAUUCAUUCAUUUGAAACGAUGUAAGUAAAAUGCUACUGUUAACUGUGGGUGCUUGCUUUCUUUUUUUUUUUUUGUUUCGAUAACUCAACAGUUAACUCCAACAUUGUACGUAGCAGAGUGGCACUAUUAAACGUGACACUGGCACAGUGCAACACACAUGAUUCUUCCAUGCAGGGAUAAGACAGCAUUGCCAUGCAGUGCAUACUUUAAAAAAAAUUUAACACACUUCAAAUGUUAAAGGGUGAACAUGUUUGACACUUCUGAUGUUUUUUAAAUAUCUAUUGAAACGCCAGUAUUUUAUAUCAAACAUCUGAGUGGAUUCAACCUUUACACUUUGCUCUUUUUGCCAGAGAAAUGGGGAGGCCUACAAUGUAACUGUUGCCUUAUAGAGCUGGUUUCUUUUAGCUGACAAGAUACUCUUUUUAAUUAGGCAGUGCCUACAGACAUUUUCAGACCCUUUUGUUUAGAAAGGUGUUAGCCCUGAGAACUGAUGACUCUGCUACUGUAAUCAAUGUUUUCUUGCUUUGUCCAAUUAAAAUGCUAAUGCACACAAACCACAAUAA